GAAGCUACAAGAAUUAAUAUCCAAUUAAAAACUGGUUGACUUGACCCUAAAAUCCCUCCAUUCCCACCGUGUAACAAAUAGGAAAUGGCCUCAUAACCUUCCAUGAAAUGCCCCAAACUUCAUCACUGAGUUCACCAAAAAGCAGAGAAGAAACAGAACAAACCAGCUCUGUUUAGCUCAGCCAGAGAAACAAUGGUUCGAGGCAUUAUCAGCCCCCCAAGAUCCCGAUCUUCCCCCAGAGAAAGCAGACCAUUCAACAACAAUGGAGCCACCAAUCCACCGUCCAAACCCAAUUACAUGUCCCCACGCCGCCGCCCGACGACACCCAUCAACCCCAACGAGCUGCGAACCCAUAGAAAAGAACCCCAACCCACCGUCGUGAAACGCCCAACCAAACCCACCGAUAGAUCUUCAAACCCUCCACGCAUCGACCCAUCAAGACCCAAUUCAAAGCUUGUCCCCUCAAGGCCAGCAGCCCCAAGCCCAAAUGAGAAGAAAUUAGACACCAAAACUAAAACCACCACUAGAUUCUCUUCCCCUCGCCCAACCAAACCAAUAACUCCACCGCCGUCGAAGAGCAAUGUAAAAGGAGCAACUGGGUCUGGUUCAAGAUCCGAUUUUUCUCGUGCCAAACCAAGCGAUUCUCAUAAGGGUUCUCCCAAAAACUUGCGGAGCGGUCGGUUGAGUGAUCAGCAAGAUGAACAAAUUGUUCGUAGUUAUUCGGAUGGAUCUUAUGGUGCUCAUACUCUUAGUGACCCGAUGUUCAUAAGUUACAUCAGCUUUCUCUUGAUGAUAAGGAUCUUGCAAACAUCGUUCUUCAUGCAAAUUUGGUAUACGAAUCACUCGCCUCAGAAACAAAGGAAGAAGAAUGUUCUUCCCAAGGCAAUAAUGGUUCAAGAAUGUUUCAAAUUUACAAGGAAAUUGCAUGCCAUCGUCAAGGAAACUCAUCCAUUACAUCUUACAUUACAAAGCUGAAGGCUUUAUGGGAUGAACUCGAGGCCUACAUUGACAUACCCAAAUGUUCUUGCGGUUCAACACAGAAACAGAGUGAGCAAAUUGAAAGGGAAAAAGUCAUGCAAUUUCUUAUAGGAUUAAACGAUUCUUAUUCCACCAUUUGUGCUCAAAUUCUUCAUAUGAAGCCAUUUCCAACGGUGGAGAAAGCUUGUUGUGCAAUACUUCGUGAAGAAAAACGCAGGGAAUUGGUGUUGUCAUUGGAGAUUGUUGCGGCCAAAGUGAUCCAAAACAAUUGGCUUCUUCAGAAUGGUCAUUCGAUCAAUGGUGAUAAUGAAGAAGUUGAUCAUAUGAAUCUUCAGGACCUGAAAGCUGAUCAAAAUGAAGUUAUGAGUACUCCCAUUGAGCCAUUGCUCAUAGACCUUGGCUCUCCUGUUCGAUGUUGAAUGUUUUCAGCUCAAGAAAGCUUAUCUCCAUGUCUGGUGAGUAGCAGCUUGUACUCAUUUAUUAAAUGCAAUAGAUAUCGUUGAAUAAAUGCAAAUAACCCAUAUCA